CCGCCACCACAGUCCACAGCACAGCAUACAAGUCCGGCGAGUCGGCGAGCGUAGAGACACGUAGAGACGCGGCGCGUAAAGAGCUUAGCGGAUCGGAAUCGAACGGGAGCGAGUGUCGGAGGUGAUUUCUCUGUUCUCUCGAUCGCUGUGUCUUCUAAGCACGCCUGGACGGAGAAGAACGCGCAACGCGGCGCAACGCAUACGCACACGUCAAGCGGGCACGCUACGCACUGCAGGCAAACAUCGGGUAGCAUUCGCUGUCCGCGCACUGCCCGGUGACCGACCGUGUUGGUUCGGCCGUGUCCGUCCGUCAUAUUAUAUUCCCGGCUCUCCGACCCGAGAGAGAGAGAGAGAGAGAGAGAGAGAGAGCGUGAUUGUGUGAAAGAGAGAGAGAGAGAGAACAAGGUUGCUGGCACGUAGUUGGUGUUGCGACGCAACGAGGAGGCGGAGGAGAGAGGAAGAGAGUAUAGAGACGGAACGGCCGAUACGUUCGCGGUACGGAGCGAAGCGAGGACGAGCGGAUCGGGGACCGACUGCCGGCCAUGGAGAAGCGGAUAGAGCUCGAGAAGCGGGGAAGGAAGCCCGGCGACAUCAAAGAACUUGUUCUUGAUAAUUGCCGGAGUACGCAAAUUGUGGGUUUGACAAAUGAAUUCAGCGCUCUGGAGUCAUUGAGUCUUAUCAAUGUGGGUCUUACCAGUCUAAAAGGCUUCCCAAAGUUGUCCAGCCUUAAAAAGUUGGAGUUAAGCGACAAUCGGAUUUCGGGAGGUUUAAAUCUGCUCGAUUCGAGCCCGAAGUUGACUCACCUAAAUUUGAGUGGAAACAAGAUUAAAGAUCUUGAUACGCUACAACCAUUGAAAGAAUUCAAGAAUCUGAAAAGUCUAGAUUUGUUCAAUAAUGAAGUGACAAAUAUGGAUAAUUAUAGGGAGAAAGUCUUCAAUCUUAUUCCCAGUCUACGAUAUCUUGACGGAUAUGACGCUGAUGAUUGCGAAGUCGACAGUGAUGGGGAGGAUGAUGAAGUCAAUGGAAACGAAGAUGGAGAAGGAGGUGGCAACGAAGAAGACAGUGAAGAAGUUUCAGAUGAAGAAGACGAGGAUUUCCUAGAUGAUGAUCCAGGAUUAGAUAUUGUCUAUAAGGAAAAGCUUGUGGACAGUGAUGAAGAGGAUUAUAUGGGUGAAGAAGAGGAAGAAGAUGACGAUGAGGAUAAUGAAGAUGAUGAGCAAGAAGAAGAGGAAGAAGAGUCUCCUGUUCGAGGAAAGAAAAGAAAAAUUGAUGAUGUGGGAGAGAACGCUUAAGAUGGAGGGCUGUCUCUGAUAUUGUUGAAUGAGUGUAAAAUUCAUAUAAAUAAUAACAAUAAUUGCGACGCCGAGUGAACAGCUGGGAAUCAAACUAAUUGACCGACCAAUGACAGACUACAGUUAGUGAUAUGAAUUUAUCAGUAAAUCAUUGACUGCGAGGAAAUUGUCUGUGUAACAACAAAAAAUUUAUCGUACGGUAGAGGAUACGGAAUGUGAAUGGAUGUGGAAGGUGUGAGAAAAACUAGGAAGGAUAAUGAUGGCAUAAAAAUAGGGCUGCAUUCCAGCUGGACACAGCACAGUUUUAGUUAUACUAACGAUAUUUUAUAUAGAGUAUAUAGAGUUAGAGAGUAUUAGUGGUGUUGCAUAAA